UAAAGUCAAAACAUCAUUUCCGGUCUUCUUGGAAAAGCCUCGGGGAACAGGCGUAGCACUACUUUCAAUGCAUCAUAUUUUGUUUAUUCGAGCACGCACUGUGUGGAAGACGAUGUGUAGAAAUUGAAGGUAGUCGGUUUGGACAAACUACAUAAAAAUAUGAUCUUGCAAGUGUGAAAAGCAGACUCGGUAAUUUGAGCUUAAUGCUCAAAUCUCCUGCUCGCGAUGCUUUCGAUCACAAGUUCAGGUCAUACUUACAAACAGUACAAAGUUGUGCUUGUUGGUGAUGCUGGAGUAGGCAAGAGCUUUGUUAUCGACCGGCUGAAUUCCACUAGUGAGCACUGGCAGGGUUCUCGUCUGUAUAAGCCUACAACAGGUGGUCAUGCUUCUUACUUCACUGCCUCAAAUAGUUGUCACCUCUAUCUGCUUGACACCUCUGGCUUGGAGGAGUACAGAGAACUGACAAAAAUUUACCUGAAGAACUUAGACUGUGUUGUGUUCACAUUUGCCCUAAAUGACCCGCACAGUCUGUCGAGCUUGGAAAAAUGGAAUAAUGAUUUCUUGGAUGUGUUUUUAGGGGAUAGCUCUAGAGUUCUCAAGUUUGUUCUUGGCUGCAAAAUAGAUACACAGCAUGAAGCAGAUAUUCAACCUAAAGCAGAGGACUUUGCCUCAAGAAUUGGUGCAGAGCUUUCUAUUACCUCAGCCAUCACAGGAACUAAUGUAAAUGACUUUUUUGAAAGAAUUGCAGAUAAACUUAAGCAACAUGUCUCAUCAACUGAAGUCUGGGUUGACAAAACUGACAAUUUUGUAGCAGAGCCUAAUUCCUCUCUUGUGGAUGAUGAGCUGUUACCAAAGGAACUGCUGAUGAGUUUUCCUGAUCCAUUACUGUUGAACCCAGGGGAUAAGCCAGUUACUUCCUUAAGGGUUCAUCACCAAUAUGUUUCUAUGACAACAGAAGGUGACCAGCAAUUCCAGUGGGGUUGUCAUGAGAAUAACAGAACAUCAGCUAUCAACAAUCUCACUUUAGUAGAAAUGGAGCAGAGCAAACCUGACCAGCCUCCAGAACGCAGCCUUCUAAAGAAGUGUAUUGAGACACUGAGACCAACCAGUACCUGGCAGCAUGAGUGGCUGGAAGGGAGCGGAUGCCUGGCAGCUACUAUUAGACGACAACCCACUGAGAUUGAACUGGUCAAGGACCUAUGUGAUGUAAAGAUCUGCUCUGAAGAAAUCACAGCUCUUCAAAGACCACGUGGCUUAUGCCACGCCCUUCUUCGUACGAAGCACCAUAUCAUAAUGGAAUAUGGCCUUAGUUCUUUCAAAACGGAUGUCUCUGACUUUGUCCAUCCACCACAAUGCGUCCGAGGUACCCGGCAGAUUUCUUCCUUCAGCAUGUCUCGUACUCAUGCCGCAGUGGCUACGGAUGCUGGGAAGGCGCUAACCUGGGGGUACAGCCCGCAAGGGGCUCUGGGUAUCGAGCAUCUUGCUAGUUUAAUUGUUCCGCUCCCGGUUGAAGUUACUUUGGAGAAGACAGUGCUUCAGGUGGCUUGCGGAGUAGACUUUACUCUAUUUCUUUGUAUCGAUGAGACUGUCUACUCAUGUGGGACGGGCGCGCUUGGAGCCUUGGGUCACGGAGACACAACAGAUAGAUGCAUCCCAACAAAGAUCGAGACGUUGUACAGUAUCAAGGCUAUUGGAGCUGGCCAGCAUUAUGCAUGUGCAAUUAUGACUUCCGGUUGGAUGUAUGCGUGGGGACUUUCGGGCGCAGCAAAAGAUGAAACUAAAUUUGUGAAAACGCCAACAGUGGUCAAGGGUGUCGAUAAUGCCCGUGUAAUGUCCAUGGCAUGCGGGGCCUACCACACUGUACUACUCGCUGAGGGUUACGGAUGGCUUGGAAACUUAUCUAGUGGUGUGGCAUACAGUUGGGGGAGAGGAGGAAAUGGAGCCCUUGGACACGGAACAUUACUGAGCUUAGCACGCCCAAGUUAUGUAAAAAGGCUGUACCACGGCGACAAGGAUGGCAAGGAUGCAAAGACUGUUUCCCAGGUGGCAGCGGGGCGAGCUCAUUCUGCAUUUCUCACUAAGGAUGGAUGUGUCUACACAUGCGGUAGCAAUCAGUAUGGUCAGCUGGGUUACUACACAAAGGAGACUUACAAGCUCCUGCCGACCAAAGUUGACCUCGGACUCACAGAUACUGGAACCCCGAGAAGUGCUACAGAGUUGUCAUGCAGUGAGCACUGCACGAUGGUACGAACCAGUGACGACAAGUGUAUAAUGUGGGGGAAAUUCUGCUACGGCACAAGCUUACCAAAUCCCUUCACGGUCUACCACGAUGACGUCGGAAUAAUCGAUGUGACCACGUGCUGCCUUUCGGGGAGCCCCCCGGGGGAAGCUGUUAACACGUCAUGUGAGCUGGUACUCGGUCUGACAGGGGAGGGGAGGAUUCUCCUUUGUGGUUUUGUGACGACAGGAAUGGAGUAUCAGUUGACUCCGUGGCUUGACAAGGCUCUGAUCCCAUGCAGUAUCACUGGACUGACACGAAUCACCAGUGUUGGUCCAAUACUGGUUGGAAUAGAUGACCAAGGAAGGUCCCACUAUGUAAACCUGGCACUACAAUCGUGGCUGAAACUUCCUUUAGAGAUGUACAGACUCCAUCCUCCUGAAAACAGGGGUUCAUUGGCUAACUUUAUAUUGUCGGCCAUUGAUGAACUGAGCGCCAAUGAUAAACUGCCAGCCAUCCAGUUCAAGCGGCUUUCACUUCCAGCGCAUGUUGUGCAAGUCGAGUCCACUUUGACAACUUUUGUAUUCCGGACGGAAGUUGGAGAUGUGUUCUCAUGGGCACCUUUCUCAGGCGAUGUGGUUCUCCUCCAUCGCGAGCUGGACAGCAAGAUCAUUGUACAGAUCGCUUGUGGUGCAUUCCACGUCGCAGCACUUACCGAUAGCGGCGAGCUUCUUACAUGUGGGACAGGGAAACAUGGGCAACUUGGCCACACGCACAUGCGCAGUAGUGACGAAUUCCAGACUGUCCUGCUAUCUAAAGUCGAGAGGUUCGCAUCAGUCAGCUGCGGUAUCGUUAGUACGGCCGCUCAGACAACGACGGGAAAGGCGUAUUUCUGGGGCCAAUUAGAUUUGCCUCGGUGCGAAAGCUUCUAUCACAAGAAGGCGUUACCUGAUGCUAGCAACACAAUUCCCGACCCUUCAUUCUUGACGCCCAUCAUGGACUCAGGCGGGUCACCGAUUGGCUGUAAACUUGACCUUGACUCAGGCCAGCAGCUUGCUGUGGUAGGGAAGCCAUUCAGGUGUCGAGUCUGUGGACGGGAUGCGGACAGCGUCUUGGAUAAAAAACUGAUCUUCAGAGCUGAAGCAAAGUCUCUACAAUGUGGUAGCAGCCUUCUAGUUAAAGGCACAGUGACCUUUGAUCCCGCUAGCUCCGCCUACAUGGCCAGCUUCUCCUUUCUCUACCCAAACGUCUACAAAGUGUCAAUCACUCUUGACGGUCGUCACGUGCUUGGUAGUCCCUUUACCGUCCAAUCAGAAAAAGGCGUGCCUCUCAGCACGUGCAAAUUAACCUUAAUCGGCAGUGAUGUCAGCAGCCUCAAAUCAGUGGCCUCGACACUCCGAGACCAGUGCCGUACUGAUGAUGAGAUUCCGGGUAUGAUUGGUACCCUGUUGUUUCCAGGCAGCUCUUACUGUGUAGAGCUUUGGGGGGCACCUCCUGUCGACAUUGACCAGCCCGGGACCGCUAAUAUGGCGGCGCUGGCGUCUAUCAGCGACGGUGGGGUCUACGUGUACGUCUGGGACGGGUUAUCGUGUGAUUUUCCGCGCGACAACUUGGAGUUUUGGUUGCAUAUUUUACGCAUGCAGGCGAGCUCGUCGCAUGUCGUUUUCCUUGGGGUGAACAUUGCCGCUGAACAUGCGCACAGCUUGAACCUGAAGCCAUUCAAGGACAUAAACCCGAAUCUAAGGAAGGCUAUUCUUGUGGGGACGUACAGGACGGAGCCCGAGGCGUUGGUUAAAGAGAUGAGAGUGGUGGUGGAGGAGAGAUUGGCAAGUGGGCCUGAGCCUAUUAUAUGGGGUAGGCUGGCCACGCUUGAAGACAAAGUACGGGAGAGCAGAGAAAAACAGCUCGAGGCCCUUGAAAGACGCGCAUUCAUCCGCUUGGCUAAUGAAUGCGGGAUCGAGGGCGAGGCAUACUACCAAGAUGCAGUGCGCCACCUGGAAAGGGUCGGCCUCGCUUUGGCGGUGGGAAGUGAUCACGUGUUCCUAGUGUUUGAUCAGCGUUGGGUGUCACACCAACUCUUGCAGUUGGAGGCCUCCUGCCACCGGGGCAUGGUUUCACGUGAAUCUUUAGACGAACCCAAGAAGUGCUUUCUCGACCUCCUCGUUAAGAAAAACCUCGGCUUCUUCACAAGUGGCAACAAAUUCUGCUUCAUCCCGUGCCUCCCCUCCCUUCCUGGGGAUAUCUGGCGACAGGAUGUCACCCGCUUCACUACUUUACGUCACGUGGUCAUCAACAAGCCUCCAUAUCACGUGUUCACAGCAUUUCCUAUUAUGGCAUCUAACUUGGCACGUGACAACCAGAAAGUUUCAUUUGGAACCUUCGCUUGUGUUAUCCAUGGUGAAAAUUUUAAAACAUGUAUCGAGGCGGGACCUUGUUUGAUUGACAACCGGAAGUCAGAAAUUCGAAUCGUUGUCCAAUCACAAGACAAAGAAACAUGUCAGAUGAUCACUUCGUCAACACUGCACGCGCUGACAGAUUACCUUAGCUUGAGUUUCCCAGAAUACACCACAGGAGCUCGUAGCUUGGCGUCCUGUUCAAACUGCCUGCAAUCUUACAUCGAAAUGGACCACGUGCGGGAAGCCAAUGUUGGUGCUGUACCGGAAGUGAGAUGUGAUUCUUGCAAAGAGAAGGUCGCUGUAGCGGAAGUGCUUUCUGGGUACAAAGAAUCCCGCAUGUUGCCCGAGCUUGGUAAAGUGGAGCUACUGGUUGGAGGAAUUCCAGGAAGCCCGCCUGGCCGGGCGAGGGCAUCCCCAGGCCACAUUCUCAGACCCCUGGUCCAACAGCUGGUGGAGAACUCGUGCAAACAGGAGAAGCGUCUAAUGGCGGAGAUGAACAGACACUUCACCAACAUGACAAACUUCUUCCUUGACCUCAAGACGUUCGACUGCCCACGCACAAUUUGUCUACUGCCUGACUUCCAGUCCAACACCGGAUCCGUCAUUAAGGGUGACAUUCUGGCAAAUCUCAAGCGAUGUCUUCUUCUCGGAGGCCAGAAAAAGUACCGCUUGUAUCUUCUUUGCGAAGGCAACGGAGACGGUAGCGGGGUUCACUUUCUGGAACCUUCUCAACACAAAGGUUACCAGAUCACCGAAGUGAACAAGCUACUCGUUGAAUGUGUUGGUCAUUUGCGGUCUGUGACUAAGCUGUUAAUGCAACUCUACCCGACCAUUGGGCUCCUCUCCUCUGUGUCCGCUCAGAUAGGGAUGACGAGCCUCUUCCCUUCCGUAGAGACCAUGGAUAAGAUACUUGGGAUGGUGGGGCUUAGCGCCGCAGCCCUCUCCCAGGUCAAAUGGGAGAAAUACUUCAAAGAGGUUGACAACUUUCUAAAGGAUUUCCAGUCAAUGUCAUCAGCAACAACCCAGCCGAAGGACCUUGGCCAGAGCUUCGCUGAAGGACUAGGUUUCAAGGUUGGCGGAUGCAACUAUCAUUACCUCAGAGAGGUUCUGCACUCUUUAGGAAAGAAAGACAAAUUUGGGGGUUUAGUCCAAGAAUGGCGCGAGGGCGGUGACGUGGUAUGGGUGUGUCCAUCCCACUCUAGACGUGAGAAAAGCACAGUGCAAGUCAAAAUACAAGGAAAUCACUGAUUCAUAUCUGUACAUCAGUAGGGCACUCAGGAUUACUCAAAGGGUGAGCGCCAUCCAACUCUUAGCAUGACAAAAGCACAGUGUGUCAAAAUACAAGGAAAUCGCUGAGAUGUAUUUUUACUUCUCAAAGGGUAGGCAUCAUUCAUAAAUCGCUUGAGAUGGGGCUCGAACCCAUGACCCUCAGAUUAAAAGUCUUAUGCUCUACAAUCUGAGCUAACCAGGUGCUCGUUGUCUUACAAAUAAGGUUGAGAAAAAAGUGAACAGCUGGCUUUAGAAAGACAAUUUCAUAUUUUGAAAAAAAGGCAUUCUCAGGGUCAUUGUGGACAAGUGAGGAUCAUUUCAAAUUAAUUUCCAAUUAGCAUUGCAACUUAACAUCGCUUUAAUGUUCUGUGUUUUUAAAUGCCAUGUAAAAACGGUGCUGUUUUCGAGCGCUACCGUAACCCAAAUCGCUGAUUCAAGUAGUUUACUCGAGCAACACAAAGUGGUACAAAAUGAAAUAAAUAAAUAAAUAAAUACCUUGUUUAUCUGCAA